UGUAAAGAUAAUCAUUCUUGCUCGAACGAAUGAAGCAUCUUACACAAAGAAAACAAAAUGAUUCUGAGUCUUCUAAUUAGCUUAGCUUUAAUUUCUCUAGGAGCCUAUUGGUACAGCUGGCGAAGGAAGAAGAUGAGAUUUUUCGAAGACUUGGGUAUACCAGGUCCUAAGCCUGAUCUCAUAACUGGUAAUCUCCGGGAAUAUAUCAAUAAGGGGUUUACAAGAUGUCAAGUGGAAUGGACAAACAAAUACGGAAAUUGCGUAGGGUACUUCCUUGGAAUUAAGCCAAUACUAUCGAUCGGCGACCCUGAUAUUUUGAGAGACAUCCAAGUCAAAGAGUUUUUAAGCUUCGCAGAUCGCCCUCCUACAAUUCCUGGAGGACAAACACCAGUAGGACUGGCUAGUGAUGCACUUAUUUCCCUGAAGGGUCAAAGCUGGAAACGUGUUCGAAAUAUUUUGACCCCAACCUUUAGUAGCAGCAAACUUAAACAGUUAACACAACUUAUUAAUGAUGCGGUUGGUAUUCUUUUGAACAAAAUUCGAGAGAAGGCAUCAAAGAGACAAAGAUUUGACAUCUAUCAGUUUUACGAACAGAUUACCUUAGAUAUUAUAGGCAGAGCAGCCUUUGGGAUCAAAACGAAUUCUCAAACAGACACCAAUGACUUCUUUCUCAUAAAUGUCCAACAGAUGUUGAAAAGUAGUAUUUCUAAAACAGCUUUUAUAAUCCAAUUGUGUUUUCCUGAGUUAUUGCCUUUUUUUAUUCCAUUCCGCCGUCUGGUUGAACUCAUCCGAAUGUGGCGAGGGAAUUCUCCCAUUGGUCAACUUCUUGAAGCAUGUGCUAAAGUUGUGAAAUUACGAAAAAAAUCGCCAAAGGAGCAACGAAUUGACUUGCUUCAGCUAAUGCUAGAUGCCCAAAUGUCGGAUGAGUUAGAGACCUUUCCGAAGAGUGAAUUGACUUCUGAUAAUGAUUCUCAGUGUUUUAAAACUAAAUUAUUCAAUGAGAAUUUGUCCGAUAUGGGUCAGCAUUCCAUUUCCAAUUCGGAGAUCCUAGCGAACUGUUUGCUCUUUCUUUUGGCUGGAUAUGAAACAACAUGUACCACGCUAGGAUUUACUACACACUUCUUGGUCAACCACCCACAAGUACAAGAAAAACUUCGAAAGGAAAUAAACAGCGUGUUGGAAAAAGAAAAAGCUCUGGACUACAGCAGCAUAUCGAAACUUCAAUAUUUAGACCAAGUGCUAAGUGAGGUUUUGAGGAUGUAUCCUCCUGUACCAGCGUUUGUUAAUAGAGAAUGUAUUCGAGACUACAGAUAUGGCACAUUAUAUAUUCCUAAGGGAACCACUGUACAAGUACCUGUAUGGGCUCUUCAUUAUAACCCUGAUUACUGGACUGAACCUGAAACUUUUGACCCGGAAAGGUUUUCUCCUAACGAAAGCCAACCAACAACGUCUAUGGUCUAUCAACCUUUUGGAGAAGGCCCACGUAACUGUAUAGGAAAACGGUUUGCGUUAUUAGAGAUGAAGAUUAUUGUGGCUCAGAUACUUCGGUAUUUUAUUUUAAAACCGGACGAGAAAACUGAGAACGAAAAGAUAAUGAUGAAAGAAAAACUAUUUCAGAUUGUUCCAAGAUUUGGCGUUAUUGUUUCUGCUGAAAGCGUAUAGUGCUGUUUCGUAUCCCUGAUAAAACCUUAUGAUAAUUACAAAAAUAAAGGUAUUAAAAAAAUAU